AUGUCCCUCGAUUUCACUUAUCAGCCUUUGCGUGGCGACGAGAUCCGACUACUGAAGAUCGAAGUCGACCACAAUCGACAUGGCAGAACCAAUACCACAAAACAUCAUCCAAUAGCAUGUUCAAUUGAGCAUGUUCGUCUACCACGGACGUUGGGGGAAUCAUCCAACCAACAGUUCAAGGGAGCGGACAGAACAUGGCCUGAGCUUUCCACCCAACAGAACUUUGGACCACUCUUCAGUAGUGGGGAGGAUACACAUGUUGACAAGAUUGCCUUGAGGAAUUCCGAACAUACAUCAAUUGCUGGCGAAUCUGCCCUACCAUGGCGACGUCCAUGGGGCGACUAUAUAGCACUGUCCUAUGUCUGGAGCCAACCGACGGGCUCAAAUAAGGAAGAACGCUUUUUUAUUACCGUCAAUGGCUGUCCUUUCAAAGUCACUCCCAACUUGUAUCACGCUUUGAGAGAACUUCAAAAAAGUCAACGUGUGCGACAAGGAUUCAAAUUAUGGAUUGACGCCAUAUGUAUCGAUCAAAGCAACUCGGACGAACGGGGUCAACAAGUAUCUCGCAUGCGCGAUAUUUACCAGUCAGCGUGGCAGGUACUCAUAUGGCUAGGUCCAAGUGACACAUCCACCCAACUGGCCUUUUCUGCGCUCCACUGGUUAUCUCGAGAGUCGAAGCAGCCGAAGCCAAUGGAGGACUUCUACCGCGAAGGCCCCUCGGUCGAUCUGCGACCUGUCUUCAUCAUGUGGCCAACAUACACGAGUCCGAUGAAGAAGGAUGUUUACAAGGCCCUGUAUCACUUCUUCACAAGACCCUACUGGCGUCGUAUGUGGGUGGUGCAAGAAGUAGCGAUGGGCAAUCCGAACAGUCCCGUUCUCUGUGGCGACCAUUGUAUCUCAUGGCAGGAUAUAUACCAAGCGGUACAGGUCAUCACAUCGGAUGAGUCGAGAUUUGGUCGCGAGAUUCUUGAUAGUGUUCAACCACAAACGCUAUCAACAUGGUCCUUCGAGGUCGCACGAGAUAGACAGAUUCGUGGAAGAAAUUGGGCACCGGAAAGAAUGUGGAAGGUCCAGGAGACCAUGAUGUACCUUCAGGAAGAUCAACGGACCUUUUCAUCAGCGAGUGGAUGGAAAGAACUCAUCAGAGCACUGAGUCUUGCCCGAGAUGCCCUAAUCACCGAUGAAAAGGACAGGGUAUAUGGCAUUCUGGGGAUCAAAGCUGUCGCUGAUCGAGUCAACAUCAAACCCGAGUACAAUCUUUCUCAGUCGACAAUUUACUCCAACUUUGCCAAGGAGAUCAUGAAGAAAGGCGACCUAAACCUUCUUCGUUUGGCUUCAGGUCAUGGUGGAUACGUUCUCGACAGUUGGGAGAUGGAUGACCUACCAGCCUCCACCAAAAGCCGUGCUGUAGGGGCUCUUACACUUCCCAUCCUGAAUGCCACCAAAGGUCGUGAGUUAUUACCCGUUGGUGUAUCAUGCAAUCACGAUAUUCCGUCGUGGAGUGUCUGCUGGGAAUGCACUCCGGCCCCAACAGCUCAGCUUGGUGGCAUAUACAAAGCAGAUGCACACUUGGGUCGUUCAUUACCGAUUUUCUCGAGAGGAAGGGCGAGUCUCACUACCAAGGGUGUCGUGCUGGACACGAUUACGUCGCUUAGCGCCUCACAUGAGAAGGACUCUGACCCUCGCUAUCCCUGUAAUACUCAUCCUCCUUAUACGAGUUACUAUGGAGAUUUCGAGGAGACCAGGGAUGCAUUCUGGAGGACUAUUGUAGGCGACACGACAUUAGAAGGCGGCGAAACGGCACCAGAAGAAUGUUCUUGGUUGCUUGAGCCCAGACUCUGGCAAAGAGGUAUCGCUGGUGUUUGGACCAAUGGCUUUGGACUGCACAGCUUCAUGGCACGCAACGCAUCACUCGAGAUUUGCGGGUUUACGAUACAGGAGUUGAUCUUUGGCCGCAACAAGUUCAAGUCAAAGUUGAAGUCGAUGAUGGGUGAAAACUUUUACCAUGCAACUGAGUUUCAGCGUGAGUCUUUGUCGUGGGCAGUCAAUGCGAUGGCUUGGAGGCGUGUUUUUGGAACAAGGUGGGGAAGAAUGGGUAUGGGAAGCUGUGCAGCUGAAGUAGGGGAUAGUAUCGUACUGCUCCGUGGUUGUAACACUCCGCUCAUUCUUAGAAGCUCGGGUGAAGCUUGGAAACUUGUUGGAGAGUGCUAUGUGCAUGGUGUUAUGUAUGGAGAGGUUUCUUCAGAGGAACAUGGACUGGAGGAUAUAACGAUUUACUAA